AUGGCUCUGAGUACGGUGAUAUGUAUUGGUAUGGCAGGGUCUGGUAAGACCACAUUCAUGCAGCGUCUGAAUUCACAUCUGCGCAGCAAGAAGACAGCUCCAUAUGUAAUUAACCUUGAUCCUGCAGUUUUAAGGAUUCCUUACGGUGCCAACAUAGAUAUUAGGGACUCCAUAAAGUAUAAAAAAGUGAUGGAAAACUACCAGCUAGGACCAAAUGGUGCUAUUGUGACAAGUCUAAACCUGUUCAGCACUAAAAUAGACCAAGUGAUUAAGCUAGUGGAAAAGAAAAAUGAAUCGCAUAAGCAUUGUAUCAUAGACACACCGGGUCAAAUCGAAUGUUUUGUCUGGAGUGCGUCUGGUUCCAUCAUAACCGAAUCAUUUGCCUCUACUUUUCCAACAGUAAUUGCUUAUAUUGUGGAUACUCCAAGAAAUUCUUCGCCAACUACAUUUAUGAGUAACAUGCUCUAUGCUUGCUCGAUACUUUAUAAGACAAAACUACCAAUGAUUGUUGUAUUCAACAAGACUGAUGUAUGCAAAGCUGAUUUUGCUCGUGAAUGGAUGACUGAUUUUGAAUCUUUUCAGGCGGCCCUUAGGGAAGAUCAAGACACUAAUGGUACCUCCGGUAUGGGUUCAGGAUAUAUGGGAUCUUUGGUAAACUCAAUGUCGCUUAUGCUUGAAGAGUUUUACUCACAACUAGACAUGGUUGGGGUAUCAAGCUUUACAGGCGAAGGUUUUGACGAUUUUCUAGAAGCUGUUGAUAACAAGGUAGGAGAAUAUGAUGAAUAUUAUAAAGCAGAAAGAGAGAAAAUUUUGAAGGAAAAGGAAGAAAAGGAGAAAAAGAGAAAGGAAAAAUCGCUGGAUGGUCUGAUGAGGGACCUGGGAAUCAAUGAGAAUAAAACUGCUAAAAGUGAUAACGAAGGGGCCGAUGUUCUUAGCGAUUUGGAGAUCGAUGAUAAUGAUGGACUCGUCGAGAGAGACGAAGAUGAGGGCGUUGAAAGAGAAUAUACCUUCCCUGGAGAGGAAAGAACUGAGGGAGAAAUCAAUUCGAAAAACGAGCCAGAUUUACAGAAAAGAUAUCGGGAUGCAUUUGAAAGUGUGGCGAAAGACGCAAGCAGUCAAACCGCCGAAAACAUUGCUAAAUACAUAAGGCAAUAA